GCAAUUAUGCAUUCUCCUGAUCGCUCCAGUGGCUCCAGGCAGAAAGACGGGUCUUGGUCUGGUAUAGUGGGUAUGGUGAUGAGGGGGGAUGCACACUUCUCCAUAGUGCCCCUCACCAUGACUGCCAGCCGCUCUGAGGUAGUGGAUUUCACAUGUGUGAUGGAUAUGAAUUAUGUCAACAUCCUGGGUGCUCGGGGGCGGCCAGAGGUGGAUCCGUGGAGUUUUCUACUUCCCUUCACUUCGCUGGUCUGGAUGGCCAUCCUGACGGUGCUGCUGGUUGUGCUGGGGGCGACGCUCUUCUUGUCGUCGUUUCUUCCUGAAGGCGCUUGUAGACGAGAAAAACAAGAUGGCAGAAGCCUUCGGAUUAGUACGACUGCUUUUAAGCCAGGAUUUUAAUUUGGCGUCGACGGCGUCGCAGUGGUGGUGGGAGUUGCUGUUGUUGGCAGUGUGGAUGUUGAUGACGCUGGUCUUAAGACAAAGUUACUCUGGUAACCUCAUAUCCCACUUGGCGGUGAGAUAUAUCCCAGAGCCUUACCAGACCUUGCAAGAGGUGGUGGAUGACUCGUCGGCCAAUAUCAUAUGGCAGCGUGAUUCAUCGAUUGAGCAGGAUAUUCGGACUUCGAAAUAUGGUAUUCUGAAAGAGCUGGCAGACAUAGAGAUGCAAGGACGCGUCAAGCGUAGGAAUUUUCCAGAAUUUUACAGCAACACCGACACGUUGGUGAGGCGCGGCGACCACGUUAUCAUGGUUUACGAAAUUAUCAUGUACAUACUACUGGGAAAACAGUUAUCUAAUACAGGACGGUGCGACUUCUAUAAGCUCAGAGACAAUAUGAUGCCCAGGAUGAAUAGCAUGAUAGUUCCCAAGGACAGUCCUCUUCUGUACGCGUUAAGUAAAAGGGUAAUGGCACUUACUGAGAGUGGGCUAUAUAACUUCUGGUUGAAGUCAUCCAUCCCAAACUAUUCGUUUUGUCUGAAUCCUCCGGCAAAAAUAUCUAUCAGUAGCUCAAUCGCUAUAUCCAACAUAUGGGGUAUUUUUGUUGUUCUCAUCUGUGGCUACAUCAUCAGCCUAAUGACGCUAUGCUUGGAGAUUCUUUGCACCAACAUCACGCAGGACAAUGGAGCGUCGACACACAAAGGUACCAACAGACUUGGCUGACUGCGUUAAGUUCGUGCGGCUGUGAGUGGGAGACCGGUCCAUCCGUGAAAUAGCAGAACAGACCAACGUAAGCGUCACGAUUGUGUACAGGUGGAUAAAGCGGUGGCAGAACCAAGGCAAUGUCAACAAUAUACCUCGUAAGGGUAAUUAUCGACUGGAAUUUGAUAAAAGAAACACAGAGCUCAUCCCGGCUUUAAUGUCUCAUCAAACGAACGGCUCCUUAUACACUACCAGGCUCUGGACUUACUGUAGACACAACUUUUUUUUACUAUAACUUGUUAGCGUACAAGAACCCUUGCAUUCCAACCUAUGACGUUGCCUUGAAAUCCUAAUUUUCUUGGAAAAACUCAGAGGUUAUAUAGUUCACUCUAAUACUUCGAAGGUGCAGUAUUCCAGGUAAAUAUUUUGAAAAGCAACAGUUGAGAUUCAAAACUGUGGAUUUUAUAGAAUGAAACACAAUUCAUUGGCGUAAUACAUCGACUGGUGAAGAACUACAUUUUCCAGUUUCAAGGUCGAUGCGAAUGAGCAUAAAUUCGCAAUAAUCUGUUUUCUCGAAGUACAAAGAGUUUCUGAUAAUGACUGAAUUGUAUUUCCAUUUUGUAUGAUUUAAUUGAUCCUGUUGCUUAUAAAUUACAUUUGAUGGAGAAUAUGUUGUUCCUUAUCGUCAGACACUAUUCUCAACACACUGAUUCUCUACAAUU